CUCUCGAUGUUCGGUAUACGUCGUUCUGUAUCUUAUCAGUGGUGUUCAUUCCGUCCGAAAUUUUUGUUCUUUCGUCCUUUUUGACCAAACCCAUGCCUCCGUCUCGGCUACCAUUGGUCCAUCGUCGCAUCCUAGCGCUAGCCCAUCGUUUAUCCUGCCGUUACUAUCCUCCAGGACUUAAAGAGUAGGGAGAAAAGUACAUAGUGACAUUCAGUUUGUACUCGCAGUGUUCAGUUCACUUGGCGAGUUGAUACCGUGUAGACGCGCGGAGUAGUUAUAUUAUUACAUAAAAAACUUACGAGCUGCGAGAAUGGUUUUAAGAUUUUAGUUGUGCUGUGUGUGAAGUGAAAGAACUUUUUGUAAUUUUUUUAAUAAUGCAGGUUUCGAGAUUGUUGGUGUUUGUUACCGCCUUUCUGGCGGUUCUAGGUUUAGUUCAGGCAAGGAUGAAAUCUCCCUUAAUAGACGAGGACCUACCGAGAUCUAGGAAUAAAGCAGCCGAAUGUGUGUUUGGAAAACAAAUACGGGAGCUAGGCUCGCAAUGGAUUCCAGAUUUAGGAGUGCCCAUCGGAGUCCUGUACUGCAUGAAAUGUGAAUGCGUACCGUUCCAAAGAAAGCGAAGGAUAGUAGCGAGGGUUCAAUGUAGGAACAUCAAAAACGAAUGUCCUGAGCCGACAUGCGAAGAUCCUGUUUUAUUGCCGGAGAGGUGCUGUAAAAUAUGUCCUGGUGAUAAUAAAAAUGAACCUGACGUUAUACAAGACAUCGUCCCACAAAAUGUUAUUGAAGAGGAGGAAAGAAGAAUAAACCAUUUUGCAGCCUUACUCACAGGCAGAUCCUCCCUCGAUCUUCGAAACGACACGAUGCCGAAAGAUUUAAACAAAAAUAAUGUAGUUGCUACUGGCAGGUUUACCUUCCAUAGAAGGAAUCUUCAUUACUCAUUUUACAUAUCUGAAAAAGCUGCUAGACCAAAGUUCUUACAUAUCUUGGAUAACCAAGGAAAUAUUCUAGAAGAUUUCACUUUAUCACAUGCAGGUGGCUUGGUCAACAGUCCGUACCAGAAUGCAACACGUAAGAUAUGUGGAAUAUGGAGAAGGUUACCCAGGGAUUACAGAAGACUUCUUAAACAAGAAAAGCUGUAUGUACAGCUAAUAUGGGGUACAAAGGAUUCAGAAUUUACCCUUAGUGGUAAACUUACAAAAUAUGUAGCCCUUGCCAGUGAAUUAUUCAGUUCACUUCUCGAACCAGCUCCGGGAACAGAUUCCGCUAAAAUGGCUGGAUCUGGUGGUACUGCUUUAGUGUCAACUUCAUCCACACCUUCUCCUUCAGUACACGUAGCUGUUAUCUUUAAUGGGUUAUUUACGAGUGAAGAAUCUACAGGAGUUCCUAUCAACGUGAUGUUGGCUUUGGAUGAAAAGAAACAAAUUAUUAUUGAGGGGAAUAUCAAAGUUAACAAGCCAGCUCCAGACCUAAAUCUUAUCGAACUCAGUUCACCAGUGACCCUGGCAGAUCUUCGUUCACUCUCCCGAGGCAGAGUUUUACUGACAGUUUCAUCGGUUUCUGAACCAAGCGCUUUAAGGCUAAGUGGUAGCAUUAUAACUAAAGUGACUUGUGAAAUUUUCCAAGCGCUCUUGGUUGGUGACAGAGAUUUAGCGUCUACCAGUAAUGGUCUAGCAUGGAUGUAUCUUAACAAUCAGGGGGCAUUGAUUUACACUAUACAGAUAGACAACAGAAAUACUGACCAGCUUCAUAACGUUACCCUAACAGAUGCAAGUGGUAAAAGAAAAGCUGAGGUUCUGACUCCAUAUUUUCAUACAGGAGUAGCACACGGUGCUGAAGACAGAAUGGUUCAUAAGAUUUUGGAACCCCUUUAUAACAGUAGACUGGAUAUGAGAAUAUCUGUAGGCAAUAGCAGUUUACAUGGUCAUUUGAACUCUAAAUUAGUAGCAGAUGCCCGUGACGGUCCAGCUCCAAUACUUCUCAAACGUGAAAAUUACUCUUUACCAUCAACGGUUGGUGGUAUAGUAUGGAUAUCCGUAGACAGCGAAUGUCAUAUUCACUACGAUCUAUCAAUUUCUGGAUUAGGCCAUGAAAGAAAAUUAGAAUUGUAUUUAGAAAUGUAUCCUAUUAUAGCCCCUGGUGCACCAGUUUUAAUAAAGACUCUUGAAGAAUUUGAGGGUAACCAAGUGGAAGGUAGUCCAAUAGAGUAUUUAACUAAAGAAGAACUCGACAUGUUGGACGGUGGAGUGACAUUUGUUAAAUUGAAGGAUUCACUUCAUAAAGUAGUACUUCUUUCAGCAACUCUUACAAAGAUCAAGCUGCCAAUAUCUUGCCGACCUCCUCGAGAUAAUAAUAUUAUCCCAGUUAUUUCUGGCACUUAUGGUAACAGUAGGGACCAACCUGGAGUUGGACAUCCUACUGAAAGUUGCUUUUUCGAAGGAAAAUUUUACAAAAAAGACAGUACAUGGGUAUCCAAAAAUCCAUGCCAAAUGUGUUUUUGCCAAGACGGUCAACCCACUUGUGAUGUAAUGAACUGUCCUGAUAUUAAAUGUCCUCAUAAGAAUUUCACCACGCCUGGAGAAUGCUGUUCAAUCUGUGGGGAACCUGCAAUUUUGAUGAGCACUAAAAAGUGCAUAUUUAAUGGCAGGACCUAUUCCCCAGGUAGCAAAUUUCAUCCCUUUCUCAUACCGAUUGGCUUUGAUGAUUGCACGGUUUGUACUUGUGAUCCCAUAGAUUUAGAAAUUAAAUGCAAAAGAAUAGAUAGCAAUACUGAUAAAUGCGGCAAAGGUGCUGCUACUACUCCUGAUACUAUAAGCGAUGAUAAUAUUGGAAAUUGGCCUAUACAGCGAAAAGAAGAAGUUUCUAAUUCUGAGCUGAUUUUAAAGGAAGGUGGCUGUAGAAAUCGUAUGAAUCCAGAAAGACCCUACAGAAACCAAAGUACAUAUCAUCCAUAUAUUUCUUCUCUUGGAGAAUAUAAAUGUGUGACCUGUAAAUGCCAAAAUGGUCAAUCAAACUGUGCAAGAGAACGCUGUGAAUGGAAAAAUUGCAAAAUGAUGUUCGAGUUGCGAAAAUCAAAAUCGCGAAACAACAAGAAGAGCUUUCCAGAAGAGUAUUGCUGUACAAUUAAAGAAUGUAGGAGAAUUAGACACAGGAAGAAGCUAGAGGAAAGGGCUUCGCAUAAACAGUGAAAACUUUUUAAAACAGAACUUCCUUAUUUUUGGGAUUUUCCUAAGUUUUGGAAUUUUUUUUAAAAAGUGGACUUCAAGUCCUUGUUACCCCUUAACCAAAGAAGACUGAGGCAGUUUAAGAAUAAGAGGAUGAAGAAAGAGCUGUCAUAUUUAUUUUAUACGUUUAGGUUUUAUUUACCAGGUUCGGAAUAUAAAGAGAACUCUUUGCCAGUAUUCCAACUGCUUCAACCUUAAGAGUAAUUACAAUUUAUUACAAGGGAAUAACUACGAGCUAAAAGUAAUUGCAAUUUAUUACAAGAGAAUAACCAAGAGCUAAAAGCAAUUGCAAUUUAUUACAAGGGAAUAACCAAGAGCUACCUACGUAUAAAUAAAUAAUUUAUUUGAGUGAAUCAAAAGUUGGCAAGGGGUUCUGCUUAUAUUCUCACUCUGUACAUUUGUAUAUAUUUCAAGCACUUAAAAGCAAAGUCAAAUGUGGAGAGAGGGUUUUGAGGAUUAAGAGACAUGAGAUUUUAUUUAUUUAUAUUUUUGUAAGAUUUUCGUAAGAAUGAAAAUUUGACUGCGCUUGUAAAAAGUAAGAACUAUUAUUUAUUUGACAACAAUAUUAAUUUGUAAAUUAUUCCAUAGUGUGUAUAGUAUGAUUUAAAGAUCUCUUUCCAAUAGCUGUAUAAUGUCUAAGCUGUUUUAUGACUUUCAUAAUAUUACAUCUGUUUGGUUUACUAAUUUCAAUAUGACCACUUUUUUCUGUUAACGAAACAGCUUAAUUUGUGUAGGUAGGUACCAUUAUGUCCUCUAUUUCACACAAACUUAACAAAAUCGAUCCCGAUUUUUUUAUCAACUCUAAUCUUCUUCCGAUUAUUUUCUUAAAGUCUGCGUCCUGCUUAAUUAGUUGUAUUAAUUUCUCACAUAAUAUGUAAGCUGCACAUAUUUAUUACCUGUAUGUAACAAUAUUAUCUUUCUACUUUUGUGAAAUAAUUGUGAAUUCCGUAUUGGGAAAUUCAUUGGUGUCAAAAUCACUGUAUUAAAACUUUUUACAUAGUUAUUUUGUAUUUAUUGAAUUAUUUACAUUUAAUUUUUAUAAUUCACCUCAUACAACACAGAAAGAUACACUUUUACAACGAAAAUAAAUUACACUCCUCCAAUAAAUUAACGCAUCAUCUUAAAAUUGGAACAUCUUUGAUGUAUCGAAUUCCUUAAACCAGUUGUCUGAUUUGAGAGAUUUUUUAAUAUGUUAUAGCUUUAUUUUUUAAGAAUAUCACCGUAAUAAUGUUGUUGUUAAACAGGUAAAUGUCAUUGUAUACGUGGUGUAACAAUCAUACUGUGUUUUUUUUCUCAAAGUUAGGAACACCCUGUGGAAUAUUCUAGCAUUUAUAAAAUAUUGAAAUUAAAACUUGAUUUGAGCCUUCGGCUUUCUUAACAUUUUGUUUUUUCAUUCAUUCACUUAUGUUCGAUAUUAAAAGAGAUAUGUACUUUAAUAUUACAAUUUGCUAUUUGGUCUGACCAAUAUCAUUCCAAAUCUCUAGAGCUACUGUUUCUACCUGUUGUAAGGUUCUAGGAGUGGCAAAGGCUGUCGUAGUCUUCUGCCAAUUAUGUUCCAAAAAUGUUCGAUCAGGUUAAGAUCUGGACUCUGUGAUGGCCAAUUCAAAGUCCGAAUAUUUACCUGUUGUAAAUAUUGUUACCAAUAUAAGAAGCCGAUAGCAUGGUAGCUAAGUCCUUCGCUAUUAGCCCGAUCAAAGAACAAUCUGACCCCCAAAAAAAAAUAAAGGAAUUAUGAAAAUUUGGGAAUAGGUAGUUGAAAUUGUCUAUUAUUAUAUAAGAAAAAGUUUACAAUUCUACAUAAUAACUCCCUCUCGAAGAUGAAAAAAAUACAUUCAAAACAAGACCGGAAUUGGAUAAAAUGACUAAUUCUAAACAACUUUUCUUCUAUAGAGUUUUUUCACUAAGUCAAUACUUUUCGAGUUAUUUGCGAGUGAAUAUGUUCAUGUUUAGCAAAAUAAAACAUGUUUUGGGACGGUUUUUCGAAGAUAACUCAAAAAGUAAGUAUUUUAGCGAAAAAAAUAUUCUUAGCAAAAAUAUAGUCCAUAAAAAAUUGAAAAAAAUAUCAAAAUACAUGAAGUCUGUAGACCCAGUAGAAGCAGAGUUGCAGCUAAUGAAAAGUAGGUUCUUCUUCGUCAAAUUCCAAAUCGAAUAUUUAAAUGUGAAAUAACCCAAAAACGAAGCACUUUUAGGGGAAAAUUCAUUUUAACUUUUUUAAAGUGUUUAAAAAAAGGUUUAUUUUUGUUUUUUAAAAAAAACUUGUAAUAUUAAAAGUAAGUGAAUUACGCUCAAAAUAUUGGGGUCCCUUUUAUUUUUUGGUAAAAAAAUCGCGAAAAUCACCCCCUAAUUAGUAUCACAUAUAAAUUUUAACACUACCACUUCACAAGUUACUUUGUCUAUGUAUUAUUUAAAUGAUCUUUAAGUUUCAUCGGUUCAAAGUGCUUCGUUUUGAAAAAGCUGUAGUUAAAAUAGCUUGAACGAGUAACUAAUCACGAGUUUAGGCAAAUUUUGAACAGCCAUUAUAACCAAUUUUUGUCUAACAAGAAAACAAAAAAUCAAAAAUAUUCAGAAAAGCAAAAGGUACAUUUUAUUACUCUUUGAGAUUUUUGGUAUUCCUAAUUGUUUUUAAGUUAAUUCCAUAAACAAUUACGAUUUUUUUCAAAAUUAAAAAAAAUGUUUUAUUUUAAACCCAAUUUUUUCAAAACUGAGCACUUUGAACCAAUGAAACUUAUAGAUAAUAUAAACAAUACAUAAGUAAAGCAACUUGUAAAGCGGUAACGAUUAAUUUUAUUUGAGAAGCUAAUUAAGGAGUGAUUUACUCACUUACUUUUAAUGUUAGAAGUUUUUUUUUAAAACAAAAAUAAACCUUUUUUUAAACACUUUAAAAAAGUUGUCAUGAGCUUUCCCCGAAAAGUGCUCCGUUUUUUGGUUAUUUCACAUUGAAAUAUACGAUUUGGAAUUUGACGAAGAAGAACCUACAUUUCAUUAGCUGCAACUCUGCUUCUACUGAGUCUGCAGACCUGACGCAUACACCAUUUUUUUCAAUUUUUUAUAAGCUAUAUUUUUACUAAGACUAUUUUUUCGCUAAAAUACUUUUUGAGUUGUCUCCGAAAAACCGUCCAAAAACAUUUUUUUUUGGUUAAAAAUGAACACAUUCACUCGCAAAUAACUCGAAAAGUAUUGACUUAGUAAAAAAACUCUAUAGAACAAAAGUUACUUAGAAUCAGUCAUUUUAUCCAAUUCCGGACUUAUUUUGAACGUAUAUUUUUUCACCCCCGAGAAAAAAUUUUUCACACCGUAUUUUUCAAUUUUUGUAAAAUGGAGGGGAUGUUGAAUUGUAAACUUUUUCUUAUAUAAUAAUAGACAAUUUCAACUACCUAUUCCCAAAUUUUCAUCCUUCCUUUAUUUUUUUGGAGGUUUUCGUAAAAUUUUGCGUUCCUUAUCGGGCUAUAUGUAAGGUCACUGUUUGAACAAACUCAUCGCGGGUCAAAGUCCUUGUAGCGCGUUCCAUUUCGACCAAGCAAAAAAAAAUACAAAAUUAGUUAAAGCUUUAAAUAAUAAAUCUACUAAUUUUCACGACAAAUUAGACACUUUUUGACUAUUAACAAUUUGACAUUUAUCAAAUUAUUAAUUUCUCAUAGCCUACUUUAGGCUUGUUUAUUGAACUCAGCAGAGAAUGGGGAUAUAUUGAUAAAAAUAUGGCUAGUUUUUAAAGUACCUAACUUUUUUAUUAUGCAACAUAAGCGAAUGAAUAAAAAAACAAAAUGUUAAUAAAACCUGAGGCUAUAGUUGGGUUUUCAUUUCAGUAUUUUAUAAAUGUUAUAAUAUUCCACAUGGUAUUGCGAACUUUGAGGAAAAAAAUACGGUUUGAUUGGUACACCCGGUGUACAAUGACAAUUUACCUGCCUAUAGUCAGAGAACGAAAUAGUUGUCAGUGAUUCAUUUCAAAGUUCGUGGAUUAUUACGGAAUUUGAUGAGUUAAAAUUAUACUAUAAUUUUAGGUGUAUAAUAUUUAUACUAUUAUUUUAGUAACCAGUAAGUAACAUUUCAUGCAACAAUUUCCUGUCAACUAUUUCGUUCUUUGAGUAUAACAACAAUAUUAUUACAGCGAUAUUGUUAAAGAAUAAGGCUGUAAUACAUUAAAAAAAUCACUGAAAUCAGACAACAGGUUUAGGAAAUUCGAGACAUCAAAAAUGACCCAUUUUAAGGUGGUGCGUUAAUUUCUUGGAGAAGUGUAUUUAUCCUCUAAAUCGGCCUCGCAUAUUUGGAACACAUAUUGGUACAGAUCUUUAAGUUAUACUAUAAAAGUUGUUUAAGAGAAUUUUUUCUCAAUACUCACUAGAGAAGAAGGCUGAGAAUGUUUUGGGGGAAAACUUUAAGAUUUUUUUAGAUUGUAUAAUAUUUAUACCUUUUAAUUUUGUUAAAAAGUUACUAGAGAUUUUGUGUUAAAAUUUCUUUGUGACGUCAUCUUUUGGUUUUUCCCCUUGUAUGUGAAUGAUGUAUAUCUAAAUUUUAAAUACAUAUAGUUGCCAA